UUCUUCUAUGGUGUCGAACGGCACACAUUUUUCCGAUCACCGACAAGAACACCGAAUCCCUUCGACCGUUUAUCCCCCAAGGUCCUCGGAACUCAACAAUCAUUCUACGACAACCCAAUCAUUUCUAUUUUUGUUCCGAAGAUCAAAUCUUAUCCACAAUCGAUCUUCUCCAGUCAAAGGUUUGUCAGGCGGUGUGAGUAAAUGGCGAUUGAUGAAAUAUUUGGAGACACUCCACCGGUGGUUUCCCCAACCAAAACUUCCGCCUGAUCUUUUUGGGUGUCCAGCCGGAGCCAAUUCACGUUGGUUAGAUGUGACUUGUGGACGAGAACAUACUGCAGCCGUCGCCUCUGAUGGCUCCCUCUUUACUUGGGGGGCAAAUGAGUUUGGUCAGUUGGGUGAUGGAACUGAAACGAGUAGAAAACAUCCUAAAAAAGUGAAGCUUUUGCAAAAUGAGUUUGUGGUAUCCGUGUCUUGUGGGGCCCAUUGUACUGCUGCUAUUGCAGAGCCACGUGAAAAUGAUGGGACAAUCUCUUCUAGAAGACUUUGGGUUUGGGGACAAAAUCAGGGAUCUAAUUGUCCUCGUGUGUUCUGGGGAGCGUUUUCUCCUAAUACAAUUAUUCGUCAAGUGUCAUGUGGAGCUGUGCAUGUUGUGGCACUAUCAGAGGAAGGGCUGCUACAAGCUUGGGGCUACAAUGAAUAUGGUCAACUUGGAAGAGGUGUUACUUGUGAAGGCCUUCAAAAGGCACGUAUUAUAAACGCAUAUGCUAAGUUCCUUGAUGAAGCCCCUGAGCUUGUAAAGAUUACUCAAGUUUCAUGUGGAGAGUAUCACUCUGCAGCCAUAUCAGAAGAUGGAGAGGUCUACACAUGGGGGUUGGGAAGCAUGGGGCAACUUGGUCAUUAUUCUCUUCAAUCAGAGGACAAGGAGUUGAUACCACGGCGUGUGGUGGCACUUAAUGGGAUAUUUGUCAAGAGUGUAGCUUCAGGUGGUGUGCACACGUGUGCUUUGACUUCAAAAGGAGGUCUAUACGCAUGGGGUGGUGGUCAAUCUGGUCAACUCGGGCUGGGCCCACAAAAUGGAAUCUUUUCAUGUGACUCUGUAACCAUGUUUCGGAACAUUCCGGUUUUGGUCCUUCCAUUUGGUGUAAAACAGGUUGCUUGUGGACAUUCUCACACACUUAUCUGCACACAAGAUGGUAGAAUCCAUGGUUGGGGUUAUAACAGCUAUGGCCAAGCAGCUAACCAGAAAUGCACGUAUGCUUGGUACCCAUCUCCAGUUGAUUGGUGUUUGGGGGAAGUAAGGAAGCUGGCAGCUGGUGGGGGCCACUCUGCUGGAAGGCCACUCGGAUGGUGGAACUUGCAAAUGUUAAAAUUGCUCCUGCAAUCUGACAUUCACAUGUUGGCAAACUUCAACAAUUGA